AUGCUCCGGCCGUGCGUGUUACACUGUAAAGUGAAGGAACGGUCUGUUUUCACGGCGAGUCGGGCGGUCGGCUGGUCCAGUGUGCUAUUCGGUGGUGCUAGAUAAUUAGAAGUCUCUUAUUUUGAGAGGCUGAAGCUGAAGAUGACCUGACAGUCGACUUGGAAGGCAGUCACUGAGAUACCUGAGCAUAUUUGCACCCACUGGGAGACGUGACAAUGCGCUGCCUGGUUUUUGGACUGGAUUGAGAGGAGGCUCGAGCACCGUUUGGGGGAUCUGGGCAGGGAAGCAGGACACCUGCCCUCACUACGCCAGCAGUGAAAAUGGCUCCUUACGGCCUCCUCCUGGAUCGGAGCGGACACGCCAAGGACACGCGGUGACAUGGUGAUCAUUCACGCAAAGACGCUGGAAAAGAAGAAGGCCGAUGAUGUAACGACUAGGGGUUCCCGUUUGGAGCUGUGUGGCCCUCCGACCAUGAGCCAAGGGGCGGCGCUGUUCUCCCGUGGAGGCGGGGGCACGGGCAUGUGGGGAGACAUCAGCCGCUGCCUCACCAUCCAACAGGGGGCGCCAGGCGCUGGUCUGGAAAGCCUUUGGGAUGCGGGCCCUGCCGGCGGCCUCACCAGCCUGAUUCAUGACUUGAAGCUGAGCGAAGGCAAGGCGUCCCCCUACCCGUCAGCGGCGGUGCCGACGGCGCCCCCUAGCAAGCGUCAGUGCCGUUCUCUGUCCUGCUCAGACGAGCCGCCUAGCAGCCGGAGCGCGUGGAAGCCCCAGGGCUCGCGGGUGUGGACCACGGUGGAGAAGCGCCGUUGCCACAGCGGGGGCAGCGUGCAGCGCGGUCCCUCGCAGCCAGGGGGCGCAUUCCCCGCCAUGCAACGUAGCUCCAGUUUCAGCCUGCCCACCCGUGCCAACGGCCUCCCCGAACUGCCCUGCUUCAGCUUCACCGGCAUGCCCUCACCCUCACUGGCGGAGCCCCCGCACGUCCUCUAUCUCUCUCAGGAACGAGUCAGCCCCCCCGGAGGGCAGGAGGCCUCCCCCGCCACCUCCCCGGACUCCACGCCAGAGCUGGGCCGGCGGAUGGGCGCGGGCGGGCUGGCGAGGAGCCACUCGCAGCCCUGCGUGCUCAAUGAGCGCAAGAUCGGCAUGAAACGCAGGAGGCCUGAGGAGGUGCAGGAGCAGAGGCCGUCCCUGGACUUGGCCAAGAUGACCCAGAAACUCUCGACUUUCUGUAGCCUCAGCUGUCCGGGCUUUACGGAGACUUCCUGCUGUAGCCCCGCCCCUUCCUGUAGCAAUGGCACCAAGCAGCCAAUUGACUGCGACGACCAGGGGGUGGAGCCUCGGCACAUGAUGACACGUCGCAAAGACCCGUCUGGAAAGGAAGCGGGUGGCUAUUCGGCCGGAGGCGACGCGGGUGGGUGCUGGCGGGUCCCGCGCAGCUCCGGGACUGAUGCGGACCGGCUGGGGGGCGAGCUGGACAUCGAGCAGAUCGAGAGGAACUGAUGCGGGUGUCUUUGAGAUGGGGGGGGGAACACGGCACAGCCAGGCUCAGGAUGGACGUCACUGGCAGAAUGUGGACACCACCUGACUCGGAAAGACCACAAUAUUUUGGCAGCACCUUGGACACGCACAAUGGUUUUUUAAUAUAUAUAUUAUUAUUAUUGUGGUUGUUUUUUGGGACGUAUAGAAAGGGACCUACUUCACGUGCACUCAUCCAGGGGGGGGGGGG